AUGAUGGCAGAUUGGUUAGAAAAAAGUGAAGAAAUACAAAACACUUAAAAAGUUAGGGAAUUAAUAUUUACAAUUCUAAUCAAAUCAAUUAAUAUUGUUGUAGAUAUUAAUUGUCAAUUUUUUUAUAUGAAUUAUUUCAUUAAUCUUAAUAAGAAAGAUCAAUCUGGAUACCUUUAAAAUUAGUUUAGACCAAUUCAUUAAAAACUGAAUCCAAAAAAAGUAUCAUAUAUUUAGAAAUUGAUAUUCAUGUCCAAAGUGGAACCUUAAGUUGAGUAUAAAAGUAAAAUUAUUUCAUUGUAAUUUUCUAUAAUUAAGUCUGAUUUAGAUGA